AUGGGCUACUGUACUAGUUCCCAGAAUCUGAUCACCGAGUUUAUAAGCAGAGAGAAAGUGAAUGGUGUGAUUUUUUUCUACUGUGAUCAAUCGGAUAUCAUUUCCAGUUUUUGGCCAUCGGCAAAAUCGUUGGCAUCGCUUCAAAGCAUCGAAAUACCGUCGAGGUUUUUCUACUCCGAUCAUCGCCGAAUCAUGUUUACGGCGCAUUACCACUUCGCCGUUAUUGCCGAUUUAAAGUGUCCUACAAUCGAUAGCCUUUUAGAUUUUUGUUCCUGCCAGUCGUAUUUUAAUUCGUCCUAUAGAUGGUUGUUAUUUGAUGAUGGCACUGAGAAAAAAAGAUCAACAAAUUUAGUGAGCACUUUAAAUCUGAACAUUGACUCCCACGUUACCAUGAUAUCCAAGAGGGAUAAUCAAACUGCCGAUAUUUGUGAUGUGUAUGGUACAGUUCGAAAUAGAGGAGGUGCCAUUCAUUUAAGCAUGGUAGGACUAGUGGAUAGUGGUCGAGUAACAUUUUGGAAUAGAACAAACAACGCAUACAACUAUCGCAAGGAUUUAGACGGCGUUGAACUGCAUGUUGCCAUCACUACUCAGCAAAUUGCAAAGAAAGUCCCGUACAUGGAACACUUUCAAAGUUUCAUUCCUCCAAGGAAGUAUUCCGUGGAUCGCCUCGGUUAUCGUUUGACUAUGCUUUUGAGCAAGCAUCUCAAUUUCAAAUGCAAGCUAAUCUUUGUCAAGUCUUGGUCAUACGACGUGUUGAAAACCAACAGCUCCAAAGGUAUCAUUGGUCAAUUGCAACAAAAACUGGUGGACUUUGCCGUAACUCCACUGGCCCUAACACCAGAACGCGUGGAUGCUUUCGACUUCACGAUUCCAAUAAGUGAUGGGAAAUUUGUGACAAUUUUCCGCCAUCCUAAGAAGAAUCAAGCACAGAACAUAUUUUUACUCCCAUUUGAGGACGUCGUAUGGAUUGCUGUCCUGCUCGUCCUAAUUAUUAGCGGUUUACUGUUGUUGGCAACGUAUUUUGCAGAACGCGGUAUCAAUUCCAUGGGAAACUUUCAAUUUCUGUUGACCGUGUUCGGGUACAUCUGUCAGCAAGGAUACUCUGGCGUGGCAAUUCAAAGCUCAACGCGAAUAACACUUUUGAUUGUCGUUAUUUUUUCCUUUCUAAUUUACCAAUUUUACGCAACAUUCAUUAUUGGUUAUCUCUUGGUUUUGCCUCCGAAAACCAUUCGUACAUUGGAACAAUUAUUGGCUAGCAAUCUGAAGUACUCGAUAGAAGACCUGGCCUACAAUCGCGACUAUUUCAAUAGAACGAACAUCACUAUUGCGUUGGAGCUGUACGAGCGUAAGGUUCUUCCGAACAAACAAGGAUUCGUUAAUGUGUCUACCGGAAUUGAAUUGGUGAAACAAGGAGGAUAUGCCUUUCAUUGUGAUUCCUCAUAUGGAUAUACGCUCAUUGCAGAUACCUUCGAUAUGCAGCAGAUUUGCGAACUGCAGGAAAUUAUUCUCUACCCUUUCCGUCCGCUUCACAUCCCUAUCAUUAAGGGAAGCCCACUGAAGGAGUUAUUCCGAGUCUCUCUACAAAGGUUCCGCGAGAUCGGAGUUUCUGAUUACUACAGUAGAAAGUUCCGUGCCGAAAAGCUACACUGUAUGAAGACCGAUUACGAAUACGAGCGAGUGUAUUUCUCGGACAUUGUGUGUCUGUUAUGGGUUUUGGCAGGUGGGAUGGUAAUUGCUUCGGGUGUGUUGCUGAUGGAAAAUGUGGUUUUCCACAUCAGGCGGUGCUUGGAAAUGCGAGAGUAUUACAAACAGCAUCGUUAUUGGUUAGAUUAA